AUGCUUCUUCCCGGUGUACCCUUCUCGCGAUAUUCUCCGGCGAACCACCAUCACCAGCAACCACCACUCAUCACCAACACCCUCAAAAAACCCAUCGCUCUACCAAUGCCCACCAUAACAUUUCACGGAGUAGGCACCAGCAUCUUCAUGGCGACGGCAGCGGCGGUAGUUAUAUUAUCGAGCACGACGUCGGCAAUCGCAAUUGAACCAAGAAACCCACCGCCGGAUGCCGCAGAAACCCUUUCUAACAUUCCGCAGAUGUUGUCCGGAGAUUGUGUUCAGGGAAAAGAUGGCGAUUGCAAAAAGGCUAGAAUUCAAAAACCCAAAUCGAGGCAAGCGGAAUCGUGCACGAUUAAGUGUGUGACGACUUGCAUACGCGGCGGAGAUGGGUCGCCCGGCGAAGGACCGUUUAAUGUUCGGAGGCCUCUGGUUGUUUUCAAACAAGGGUUUCGAAGUCGCCAUUAUUGUUUGGUGGAGUGCUCCGAUAUCUUCAUAACCUUAUCUGAAUUUAUGAUAUCCACAAAGGUUCUGAAAAAUCGAAGAGAUUAUGAUGCUGAUAUUGAAAAUCGAAGCUCCUUCAAGAUGUCUUCUCAAAAUAUUGUAUGCUGAUUAUUAAGUUAUCAUUUUUAGUUCCUUUCGAUUCGUUGUUAAUUCAUAAAAGUGGCAAAAUAAAGUGUUAAUUCAUGUCUAGUCUAUAGAGGGAAAUAGUAGGGUGGAUGGUGUUAGCUACUGUCAAAGGACUGUUAAUUCAUAUCGAAAAUAUAAUACAAGUAUCUAUUUGGUUGGAAUUAAAUUUAAAUUUUCAAAAAAA